GUGUACUUAUUUGACCGGAGUGAAGUUGAAAUUUCCAUGGCAUGAUCGCAUGAUGGUUGAUGUCAUUUGUUGAAAGUAGAUUUAGUUGACGUGUAAACAGAGACAUGCUUGGGCUGGAUUGGGCGGGUGAGCUGGUGGUGGCCUACGGCUGGUACGUCCUGGGGGCUGCCCUCCUGGGGGGCUGGCUGUGGCAGCGGUGCAGCUGCCUGCUGUGGCGGUGGCUGGAAGACAGGGAGGACCGCCGGAGGACCGAGUACCUGCUCGAGCACCCCGAGGUGUCGGAGCAGCGCAUGAGGGAGUUGGACGCAGCUCGCCGCCGCAUGCAGAGCGAGUACGACGCGAAGGCGGCUCUCGCGGCCGAGAGGAGGAAGGAGUUGGAAGAGCAGCGGCGCCAGGAAUUCCUGAACCAGCACCGUGCCGAUCCCGGGCACCGUCUGUCGGACGGCGCAGGCACCAGCGCCAGCAAGUCUCUGAGAGCAGAGCACAACCCUCUGUCCGGCCCAUCCGGCUCGGGACGGUACCGGCCGGCUCGCCCCUCCUGUCCCGGGGGCGGCUGCGGGAGAUAGCCUCUCCACGCCGGACAGCGGUGAGGGGAACAUGCUGAAUGGAAUUUCUUGGUAACAACUUUGAGAGGAGCAAAUAUGACUUCCUGAAGAAAUGUUAUGAAUUUUAUAAAGUUUAAAAAUAUUAUAAAAAUUAUCUAAUAUGUAUUUGUAAAGUGAAAAUUUUUAAUAAACUAUAUUUUCAUAAAGGAUAAA